CGUCUGCGCCUGUGCACGCGUUGUGAGGCGCACGAGUUCGGCUCGCAGCCGCGCAGUUUAUGCCAAAGCAGAACGGAUAUUUUUCAGACUUUAUGCUCUUAUGGGGGUGAAAGCGUUUGUGGCGAGUGGGGCGGGGUGUGGAAAGGAGAGGUAGCGCCUGCGCUGACCGCGAGCCCGGGGUGAGGAGUGGGCUUCUGUGCGCGCCUGGGGCAGCCGCGGUACCCCGGCCGGCGGGUGGCCCGGGGUCUGCACGCGGAGCUCACCGGGAGCGGUUGACGCGAGGAACAGUUAUGCGCUGGCGUCGGUGGGUCGCGCAGGCCACCCCAUCAGGUGGAGUAGGCAGCUUGGCUCAGGCUUGAAGCAGACUACAUUAGUUCUUAAGUUCUUAUUAAGCCCAUGUGGGGUGACGGACAGAAUGGGUUAGUGAAUGGUUAGCUCCUGCUGGACUAAGCGCUGCACUUCCCACUCACAGGAAAAUGAGGGAAUGCCUGCCUUUUCUGGACCAGGCCUGAUUUUAAAGUCCUUUUAGAAGAAGCUAUGAAGAUGGAACAGCAGAGGGGGCUCCUGUUAUCGUUCGUGGGUGUACAGCUGCUGCUCAUGGGGGCGUUCCACCAAAGCCAUCACCUCCGUGACCUCACCUCCUUUCUGCGCCUCCUGAUACAAGACAGGUCAGAGGUCUCCCCUCCAGGAACCUCUCAGCAAGAUGUCUACUCCAACCUCAGCCAGAUCCACCCUGUGGAUGUCAGUGAGGAUGAUCUGCCAAACUGCCCCAUCAUCUCACCCUACGUCAAUGGUCCUUUGAAAGUGAUGUUCCCAGAGAACCUGACCAUGGAGAAGGCAGUGGAAAAGAACCCAUUGGUGAGGCUGGGAGGUCAAUACAAACCACCAGACUGCUGGACCUGGCACCACACGGCAGUGGUGGUACCCUACUAUGGGCAAGCCCAGCACCUGCAGCAGCUUCUCUUCCACCUGCACCCCUUCCUGCAGCGCCAGCAACUGCAUUAUGCCAUUUAUGUAGUGAACCAGGUAAACAACACCGCCUUCAACCGGGGCAAGCUACGCAAUGUGGGGUUCCGGGAGGCCAUGCAGGAGGAGAACUGGGACUGUGUCUUCUUCCAUGAUGUGAACCUACUCCCAGAGGAUGACCGUAACAUCUACACCUGUGACAUCUUCCCUGCUCACGUGUCUGUGGCUAUCAACAAGUUCAACUACAAGCUGCCCUACCAAGGCUACCUUGGAGGGGUAUUUGCCCUGCGCCCCAUCCACUACCUGAGGAUAAACGGCUUCUCCAAUGUGUACUGGAACUGGGAUGAUGAGGACGACAACAUUGCUACCAGGGUAAAACUAAGUGGGAUGCUCCUGUCACGGCCCCACCUACUCUUUGGCCGCUACCACAUGCUAGAGGAGGGACAGGACCAUAGCCAGAAGCAGAGCGUCUGGAGAUUUGGUCUUCGGGCCUGGAUCCACCAAAGGUGGAGACACGAUGGCAUCAACUCACUGGGCUACAGGCUGCUGUCCAAGGAGCGGCAUCCCCUCUAUACCAACCUCACUGUGGACAUCAACUUCCAAAACCCAGAAGCCCCAGUGCCAAACAGAGGUAUCUGGAGGCUGAGAGAGAGCUUCUGAGGCCAGGGUUUCGGGCAUCCUUCCCACCCACCCCACCUGAUUUUUAAUAAAGGAAUUCAUUUUA